AUGGAGGCUCAGUGGCGUCAGGGCGGCCGGGGCCGCGGCCGCGGCAGGCCCGGGGACGAGCUCGCCGCUCGCUCUGGGGCGGCCGCCCGGCCCCCGGUCGCUCGGGGCCGCGGCGCUGCCCGCGCUGCGGCAGCGGGGCCCAUCGGCGACGGGGCCAGCGAAUUAUCUUCACUGAAGAAAUUUGAUGAAAUUAAGAAGGCCAACCAGGCUGCAGCAAAAAAGCUAGUUGAAGACCAAUUAAGCUCCUCGUCUGAAGAUGAUGAUGAAGAUGCUGAGGCAAAACAAGGGAAGAUUUUGGACAAAACAUUUACCAUUUACACCAGUCAAACUGAUGGAGAUGCAAGUGAACUGGAACGUACAAGACAGUACAUGAAUGAGGCCUUUCAGUCAGGGGCCAUGACAUGUCUCAUCUGCAUUGCUUCAGUUAAAAGGAACCAAGCUGUCUGGAGCUGUUGUGGAUGCUUUUGUAUAUUUCAUCUGGUGUGUAUCCAAAAGUGGGCCAAGGACAGCCUCUUCCUUGUAUCUUCUCCUCUGACAGAUGAUGACUUUGGGAAGAAAGACUAUCCCUGGCCAUGUCCAAAAUGUAGGUUUGAAUACAAACGCUCUGAAACUCCCAGUAGAUAUUACUGUUACUGUGGAAAAGUGGAGAAUCCAGCAGUGGACCCAUGGCUGGUACCUCACUCCUGUGGUCAAAUAUGUGAGAGGGAAUUCAAACCUUCCUGUGGUCAUAAAUGUUUGCUGCUUUGUCAUCCAGGACCAUGUCCACCUUGCCCAAAGAUGGUGACAACAACGUGUCACUGUAAGAAGGCCAAAGCAGUGCCCCGACGGUGCAGUGCCAAGGCGUGGUCUUGCCGCCUGCCGUGUGGGCGAAUGCUGCUGUGUGGACAACAUGUUUGUGAGAAUCCCUGUCAUGCAGGAGAUUGUCAGCCUUGUCCACGUGUCAGUAAACAACGGUGUAUCUGUGGGAGGCAGACAGCAGAGAGGCUUUGUGCAAGCCCUCAGUGGCAGUGUGAUCAGGUGUGUGGGAAGUGUUUGCCAUGUGGCAAUCACACAUGUGAGCAAGUUUGUCAUGCUGGUCCCUGUGGAGACUGUCCUCGUUCUGGGAAAAGGUCCUGUCCAUGUGGAAAAACAAAGUUCACGUUGCCUUGUACAGAAGAUGUACCCACCUGUGGUGAUAGUUGUGACAAAGUUCUGGAAUGUGGAAUCCAUAAAUGUUCACAGCGCUGCCAUCGGGGUCCCUGUGAAAUAUGCAGACAGGAGGUUGAAAAGCAGUGUCGCUGUGGGAAGCACACCAAGCGCAUGCCGUGCCAUAAGCCAUACCUGUGUGAAACCAAGUGCACCAAAAUCCGCGACUGCCAGAAGCACCAGUGCCGCAGGAAGUGCUGUUCUGGAAACUGUCCACCUUGUGAUCAAGUCUGCGGGCGGACUCUCGGCUGCAGAAAUCACAAAUGCCCUUCAGGCUGCCACAGAGGUAGUUGUAAUCCAUGUCCAGAGACUGUAGAUGUGAAAUGCAAUUGUGGAAGAACUGUCAUCAAAGUGCCCUGUGGCAGAGAGCGCACCAUCAAACCUCCCAAGUGCAAGCAGCUGUGCAGUCGGCCACCUACCUGUCACCAUCCUACCCAGGAGAAACACUACUGUCACUUUGGGCGGUGCCCUCCGUGUCGCCAGCCCUGCCAGAAAACCUUAACCUGUGGCCAUUUGUGCCCUGUUUCCUGCCAUGAUGAGGCACUUGUGAAGCAAACAGGCUCACAUCAGUCUGCAGGGCCUUGGGAACAGCCAUCUGAGCCAGCCUUCAUUCAGACUGCACUGCCGUGCCCUCCCUGUGAGGUUCCUAUACCAGUGGAGUGUCUUGGACAGCAUGAGGUUAGUCCAUUACCAUGUCACUCUGCAAAUCCCUACUCGUGUAAGAGAUUUUGUGGGCAGCUUCUUGAUUGUCAAAAUCAUACCUGUAUGAAAGAAUGUCAUCGUGUUACUAAAUCCAACAGCAGUGCAGAUGGAAAGAAGGCGGGUCCAGAGUGUUCGCAGUGUGAAGAGGAGUGCACCAAGCCCCGGCCAGCUGGCUGUCCUCACCGAUGUGUUUUGCCCUGUCAUCCUGGGGACUGCCCAUCAUGUCUCCAGAUGCUUAAAAUAAAGUGUCACUGCAAACUAUCAGUACUGUACAUUGAAUGCUUAAAACUAACAUUUGCUGAUGUAAAAGAAAAGGAGCUUCUUAUUUCCUGCAGAAAUCAGUGUCCAAAAGAGCUGCCCUGUGGUCACCGGUGUAAAGAGAUUUGCCAUUCAGGUAGCUGUCCUCUUAACUGCAGCCAGAAGGUCAAACUCCGAUGUCUCUGUAAGAGACUGAAAAAGGAAGUGCAGUGCAGCAAGAUACAAGAAGGCCAAGUUUCACUGGAAUGUGAUGCGUUAUGCAAGGAAAUGAAGAGGAAAGCAUAUGAGAUAAAAGAAGCAGAAACGAAAGCUGCUCUUGAAGAGGAGAAGCGAAGACAACAGGCUGAACUGGAAGCUUUUGAAAACAGAUUAAAAGGGCGAAGAAAGAAUAAGAGAAGAAAGGAUGAGGUAGAAGUUGAACAAUCAUCAUGGCAAAAGUACAAGAACUUCAUUAUGCUGCCGGUGUUCGGAGUUGCUGUUGUGAUGGUUGCAUGGCUCAUGGUCUACAAUGACUGAAAACAACUCAAUAUUUCAUAUACCUCAGUUGGACUUUUGGUAGCUAUUAUUCCUACAACAUUAGUCUGUGUGUAACAGAACUUAAUAAGCAUAGAUUAUAUAUUAUACUCUUUGCUAAGAAAAAUGUAGAGGAGAGAAGAAAUGUCACCUUUUGUGUUACUACAUUCACAGCACAAAACUGAAGUCAGACAUCAAAAGUAAUAGUAGAUUCUAGUCUACACUGAAGUGUUGAUAGUUUGACUGGGAUUUGUUAACAUCUCUUCUAUUAUUCUGUUAUUUUUCCUUGUCUCCAUUUCAUAAUAUUAGGAAUAGCUUAGUAUAAAAUGGUUUAUUGAAUAUAUGUUUCCUGUAAAAUCAGCUUAGUUGUUUAUUGAAGGUUAGUGUUCUUAUGCUCAUCUUUGUUGUAUCACACAAUAAUUCUAUGCUUCACACCAGUUUUAAUUAUGGCAACUAACAGGGAACCUUGGGUCACUUAGGCUUGCAUAUUCUGGGGCCUUGUUCAGAGCUUUGUUAGAUAAAGGAAAUGUGAACUAUCUUUCAAUUCAGCUGUAUCACAAACAAAACAGUGCCCUCCCCCCCUUACAAACCGUGAGGUUUGCUUUUUUGUUGUUUCACCCUGCCCCUUCCCACCCUUGUUUCCUCAAAAUUCAACUAACUAAAAAGUUCCUUUAGUGGACAGAUGCAUAUGCUGAACAGGGAUGUCAAGAAGUUUCAGGGUACAAGGCUGCAUUCUCACUGUUGCCCCAACUGCCCGCAGCAGAAAACAAUUUGAAAUUAAACUUAAGAGUAUCAGUGGACUAUUUGUAUGGAUAAAUGUCAGAGUUGGAUAUUUGCACGGUGUGCAAAAAUGUAAUUGGACAGUGUAACAAUACAGUA